UUAAUUUUCUUAUCAACUAACAGGUGGAGUAGAGCUCGACAAAUCACUGAAGUAACAACUCAUGUACUGCCACAAAUUCGGUACAACCUUGACCGGAUGCGACCUGAAGAUAUCACUUGGGAACCAUAUAGUGAGGAAUUAUUGGAUGAGCUGCCAGACAUGUGUAUCCAAGGUCGUCCCAGUUGGAAGACAGUGGUGCCAUUAAUUUGCUUUCAUAUUAUUGAAUGGCACCAACCUGACAGAGUCAUGAGGCAGUUUGGUUUGGCCCAGCCUAUUCCAGCACCACCGAUGCAAACAGAUGAGUUGCACGAUAUUACUCUCCGACUCAGUGAGAGUAAUUGGGCACACCACCAUGCAACAUAUAUUCAUCGUUGGAAUAGGCGAGAACAAUAUAUUGUUCAAGGGCAACAAAUGGGACAACCACUCCACCAUCAUUCUGAAUAUAUGGAGUGGUACCGUCGAGCUGGUAGACGUUGGAUCUCAAUAAGUGGAGCUGCUAUUGGUUGUGUGGAGGACGCAAUUGAGGAUUGUUUGAUAAAAUUACAAAAUCCAUCAACACAAAACGUGGCAGAAGUUAAGCGUCCAUUAAGAAAAAUGAUGAUUGCUCGAACAAGAAAGAAGGCUUUGCCAAAUGCCACCUCCUCGAUCGCACCUCAAGCAGCAACUUUUAAUGAUGAAUUGGAAGAGGACCAACCCAUCAACCAACCUGGCCCCUCACGUAGACCAGCACGACGUCAAUCACUUCCUCCUCGACGUCGUCAACAUCAAAUGCGUCAAUCCUCUCCACCUGAUGAUGUUAUGCCCCCACUGCCGAUUUCACCCUUUCGCAUGGCAUCGGCGCUGGUCCUAUUCCCUUAG